UCCUCUCUCCAGCUAUCCCUUCCCUUCCCUUCCCGCAGUCCCGCAGACUGCGGCCGCCGCCAGCGCCCAGUGCGGAGUGCUCGGCCUUCCGCUAGCACCAGUCAAGUACCCCCACCCGGCCACCCCCGACCCCAAGUCAAGGCGGCGAGGCCCCGUCCCGGCGUCCCCGACCCCGACCCCCCGUCCCGUCCGGCCGUCCGCACCCCUGCGGGCUGCGGCCGCCGCCCGCCCCGCGGCCCCGGCCCCCGGCUGCCCGCCGCAGCCAGUGCCCACUCCGCCGGCGCCCAGUGCCCGCCCGGAACUUUUCCAAGAACCGACCGAACGCCCAGGGCUAGUCCCCACCUUUCUCAACUUCAUAUGGCUUGCUCCGCGGCGGUGGCGGGCGCCGAGGCGACUGCUCUCCUGUGCCGCCGCCCUGCUCCAUCAUUGAUCGCCGGGCGCAACAUCCUUGCGGUGUCCCGUCGGCCUCGCCACUGCAAUCUCAGGACUGGCGCUCAACCUCCUCAGAAGACCACAUCUAGUGCUAACUACCGUAACAGGGUUAAUUUUCAGAGAGAUAGAGCAGGAGCUUCCAGUGAUGAUGAACAGCAACAGAAGUCUGGAGAUGAAAAUGGCCUACCAAAUAUUCAACUGGAAGAUUUGGUUGGAAAGAUACAAAACACUGAGAAGAAUAUUUUGCUUCUGAAUCAAGCUCGUCUUCAGGCAUUGGAACGUGCUGACAAAAUUCUUAAAGAGAAGGAAGCUUUGCAACAGGAGAUAAACAUUUUGGAGAUAAAAUUAUCAGAAACGGGUGCACAAUCUGAGCUUUCUACCAAAGGGAUGUCUGAUGCAGAGGCUCUGGAGUUUGAUGUACUAAAGGAAGAGAAUAUGCUACUGAAAGAUGACAUAACUUUUUUAAAAGCAAAGCUUAUUGAUAUAACUGAGAAAGAAGAGAGUCUAUUCAAGCUGGAGAAAGAGCGUGCUCUUUUAGAUUCUUCCCUUAGGGAGCUGGAGUGUGCAUUCAUAGCUGCCCAUUCUGAUAUGUUGAAACUUGGUCCUAUGCAACAUGAUGCCUGGUGGGAGAAAGUAGAAAAUUUGGAAGAAUUGCUUGAGUCCACAGCAAACCAAGUUGAGCAUGCUGCUCUGAUACUCGAUGGCUAUCACGCCUUCCAGGAUAAGGUUGACAAACUAGAGGCGUCAUUGGGAGCAACAAACAUAUCAGAGUUCUGUCUUUAUUUGGUUGAUCUUUUGAAGAAAAGGGUAAAAUCAAUAGAAGAACGCUUCCAAGCUUGUAAUCGUGAAAUGCAUUCUCAAAUUGAACUUUGUGAACACUCAAUAGUGGAGUUUCAUGAUACUCUCAGUAAACUAAUAAAGGAAAGUGAGAAGAAGUCAAUGGAGCAUUAUCAGGAAGGCAUGCCAUCAGAAUUCUGGAGUAGGAUCUCUCUUUUGAUUGAUGGGUGGUCACUUGAGAAGAAAAUAUCCAACGAUGAUGCAAAUAUAUUAAGAGAAAUGGCUUGGAAAAGGGAUAAUCGCCUUCGGGAAGCAUACUUGUCAUCUAGAGGAAUGGCAGAGAGGGAACUGAUAGAUAGUUUUCUAAAGAUGGCACUACCAGGAACCAGUUCUGGUUUGCACAUUGUCCACAUAGCAGCAGAGAUGGCUCCUGUUGCAAAGGUUGGUGGUCUGGCAGAUGUGAUCUCUGGUCUUGGGAAGGCACUUCAGAAAAAGGGGAACCUAGUAGAGAUAAUUCUUCCCAAAUAUGACUGCAUGCAGCAUAACCAAAUCAAUAAUCUUAAGGUUCUAGAUGUUGUGGUGCAGUCCUACUUUGAGGGGAAUAUGUUUGCCAACAAAAUAUGGACCGGGACCGUUGAAGGACUUCCUGUCUACUUUAUUGAGCCGCAGCAUCCAGGCAAGUUCUUUUGGAGGGCACAAUACUAUGGGGAGCAUGAUGACUUCAAACGUUUUUCCUACUUUAGCCGUGUGGCACUGGAAUUGCUUUACCAAUCUGGGAAGAAAGUUGACAUAAUUCACUGUCAUGACUGGCAGACUGCAUUUGUUGCACCUCUUUAUUGGGAUGUAUAUGCAAAUCUUGGCUUCAGCUUAGCUAGAAUUUGUUUUACCUGUCACAAUUUUGAAUAUCAAGGAACGGCUCCAGCUCAGGAUUUAGCAUGCUGUGGCCUUGAUGUUGAGCGCCUAGAUAGACCAGACAGAAUGCGGGAUAAUUCACAUGGCAGAAUAAAUGUUGUCAAGGGUGCAAUUGUGUAUUCCAACAUUGUCACAACUGUAUCACCAACAUAUGCUCAAGAGGUGCGCUCAGAGGGUGGGCGUGGGCUCCAAGAUACACUUAAAAUACAUUCCAAGAAAUUUGUUGGAAUAAUUAAUGGCAUCGACACAGAUACAUGGAAUCCUUCUACAGAUAGGUUUCUCAAGGUCCAAUACAGUGCUAAUGAUCUAUAUGGAAAAUCAGCGAACAAAGCAGCUCUCAGGAAGCAGCUCAAGAUGUCGUCUGCAAAUGCUUCCCAACCACUCGUCGGUUGCAUUACAAGGCUUGUUCCUCAAAAGGGUGUACAUCUCAUCAGGCAUGCAAUAUAUAAAACAGCUGAGUUAGGUGGACAGUUCGUUCUCCUAGGUUCUAGUCCCGUACCAAACAUUCAGAGGGAGUUCGAGGGUAUUGCAGACCAAUUUCAGAACAAUAGCAAUAUCAGGCUGCUUUUGAAGUAUGAUGAUGCUCUAUCGCAUAUGAUUUUUGCAGCAUCAGACAUGUUCAUUGUUCCUUCUAUGUUUGAGCCAUGUGGUCUCACUCAGAUGAUAGCUAUGCGCUAUGGUUCUGUGCCAGUUGUUCGGAGAACUGGUGGUCUGAAUGACAGUGUCUUCGAUUUCGACGAUGAAACGAUACCCAUGGAACUGCGAAAUGGCUUCACCUUUUUGAAGGCUGAUGAGCAGGGCUUUGAUAGUGCUUUGGAAAGAGCUUUCAACUACUACCAUAGGAAACCUGAAGUCUGGAAACAGUUGGUACAGAAAGACAUGAAGAUAGAUUUCAGCUGGGAUACUUCAGCCUCCCAAUACGAAGACAUCUACCAGAGAGCGGCUGCUCAAGCAAGGGCGGCAACAUAAACAGCAGAGAUAGUUCCUGAUGCCUCCAUGGACUCUCCCGGAUGCUGCUUUAAUGUAUGGUAAAUGCAGUUCUAUCAGCACUGAACUGAGCAUAUAUGCUGGAGAAAUGAAGAAACACAUUGGGGAAUCGCUACCUACUUGGGUGUACAAACGGCAGCGCGGCGGCGUCACGCGCACUUCCCGACGGAGCAAAAGAUAUACUAUAUAUGAGAGAGAAAAAAUACAGAACGGAUGUUUUCCGAAGCAUGCAUCAUCAUGAGAUUCAGGAUUUUUGGAGCAGCAGCUACUGUUGGGUGCAAAAGCACGCAUGAGAUUAGGAUGCCAGUGCGAACAAAUAUCCAGUUGUACACGUGGUUGUGUACCUCUAUGAAGCUGUUAAUUGAGAGAUUAUAGGGUUCAUGUAAUGGUUUUUUGGCAUAAACUGGUGACUUUGCAUUCCAUAGUCACACUCACUCCUUGGAGGGAUACAAUAUUUUAUCAACAGGACCUGGUUAACUAACAUGGACAAUUUGUAAGCAACAGAAGUGUUGACCAUAUUAUACGAAGUGAACUUCAAAUUU